CUUCAAUAUUCAUUUCAACUUACGCAUAUAUUCAUUGAAUUUUUAAGAGUAUUUGAGCCAAAAACUUCCAAUUUCGACCAUGGUGGCUGUUUGUGGUACUUCUAUGAAGACCAAGUGCUUCUUUGUCAUGGCUUCAUUGUAUGUUCUUCUGGCGCUUUCUCAAGCAGAAGCAGAAACAACUCAGGGGUCCACGGCAAUUCUAAUAACCGUGGAUCAGUCUGGGAAAGGCGAUUACGAGAAAAUACAAGAUGCCAUCGACGCGGUGCCGUCGAAUAACGUCGAUCUUGUGUUCAUUAGGGUUAAGCCUGGAGUCUACAAAGAAAAAAUUACUGUCCCCGCGGACAAACCCUUUAUUACAAUAAGUGGCACAAAGGCAGUUGACACUAUAAUUACGUGGAACGACAGCGGAGAUAUAUUUGAAUCUGCAACUUUCUCUGUGUUGGCUUCGGAUUUUAUAGGGCGCUACCUCACAAUUCAGAACACUUAUGGAAGCGGUGGUAAAGCAGUGGCGCUGAGGGCCUCAGGGGAUAGAGCAGCAUUUUAUGUGUGCAGAAUUUUGUCUUACCAAGAUACCCUACUUGACGAUACCGGCAGGCACUACUACAACAACUGUUAUAUUGAAGGAGCCACUGAUUUUAUAUGUGGAAAUGGUGCUUCUUUUUUUGAGAAGUGCCAUUUGCAUUCGAUUUCGAAUGGAGGAGGAGCCAUAACAGCCCAAAGGAGGAUGUCACCUUCAGAGGACACUGGGUUCUUUUUCUUUGGGUGCAAGAUCACUGGCGUCAAAACGGCAGUGUUAGGAAGACCAUGGGGUGUCUAUUCCAGAGUCAUUUUUGCCUUCACUUACAUGCCUAAUAUCAUACUCCCUCAGGGUUGGAACGACUGGGGUAACUCAGCCGACCAAUUAAGUUCUGUUUACUAUGGACAAUACAAAUGUUCUGGACCUGGAGCUGUGACAUCAAAAAGAGUUGACUGGUCACGAGUCCUAACGAGUGAAGAAGCUGCACCUUUCAUAACUAAGGACUCCAUUGACGGCAAAGCUUGGAUUAGGGCAGCGCCUACCAGUUUCAAGAAGAAGGCAUUUCCCCCCAAGAAUUGAUUCUUUAAUCUUCUUGUGUGGAAAUAUAUGUAUAGUUUUAUAAAUAUUUGAUUGCAAAGUUGUUGAUCUCAUGUAUUAAUUUAAACAUUCUUUCAUUGAGUGUACAAAUAUAUAUACAUCAAUUCAAUUUCUUUC